AUGCGCCGCAAGGGCAGCGGACUUUGCCUCAUCUAUGGGCAGAAGCAAUGCAUGCUGAUGAUCGAGGACUGGGAGGCUAAGCGUGGCAGGCCCUACGAGCGCAUCAUUUUUAGCCGACCAGACUUCCAUUGGAUCGCUCCUCACAUUCCACUGUCCUACCUCUCCACCGAGCACAUUUGGGUCAUGGAUGGUGAGGACAACGGUGGCCUCAAUGACCGUCAUUGGAUUUUCCCGCGGCAUUUGAUGCGAGUGGUCCUGGGCGCCUGGGAUCAUAUUGUCGACGGCUUCGUUGUAUGGAUGCACCAGGCGGCACAGGUGCUACCCUGGUGGGGUGCGGAGACCUUCUUCGGCCUCCGCUUGAUGCAGCUGGGCUAUCACGAGCUCAUCCGGCGCCUGCCAGUGCCUGCCUUUCUCGAGUGCUCGAACCGUUACAGCCGCAAGGAAGUGGACACCAGCGCGGUGUCGGUGAACGACACGGCUCGCCUGAGUGAGAGCAAGCUCCGGUGCCACUUGGGAGGACCCAAGUAUCGGCACGAACACCACCAGGCAGAGAAGUUGGCUGCGUGCUUUGGAGACCAUGAGCAAUGGUCCUGGGCGCUGAUUUGGGUUUGUUGGUGCGAGGUGAAAUUUCGCCGUGGCAUGCUGCAGUUCUUAGACUAUGAGCUUUGCGACUCCACGCUCAGAGAAGUCUAUUCCACUGCAGCCGAUCGCACCGUGGAGGAGGCACCUGCAGGGGAGAAGCUCAAUGGUACCACUACGGGGCCGUUGGGUCAGACGAGGGCAGAGUGCCAAGAGAUCCUCAUCGGAGUUGCCAGGGAGGAGCGGCGGAUGGGGGUCGAGCGUCUUUUUCUAGUGACAUUUGGGCGUGCCAACUUGGCACCUGAAGAAUUAGCUCUGGGCAUGGAACAUGCCGGCGGCUCCCAAUGGGGGAACUUGGGAGGAAAAGCUUGUGGAGUGGGUGAAGCCACCAGAAGGCGGAAUCCCUCGCGCACGCUGGGGUGGUUGGCGAAGGCUUCGCAGUGGCAAGAUGCACUGAAGCUUUUCUUGGCUCAGGUCCAGCAGACUCCCUUGGUGCUGGACCUGGCCGCCUGCAGCGCCUUCAUCUCCAGCAGCUCCAAGCGUUCGGCUUGGCUUGUCGCCCUACAGGCUUUCGAAGUGAUCGGACGAGCAGCAGUCCGGGUGGAUGAAAUGGCAUAUUGCAGCAGCAUAACGGCGCUGGAGCGGGGCAGUCAAUGGGAAGCAGCACUUGAACAGUUGAAUAAUAUGCAUGCUGGGCGCCUACAGCGGAACGUGUUUGCCUACGGUGCAGCGGUGGCGGCAGUACCCCACUGGCCGUUGGCCUUGGAGCUCUUGAGGGGCAUGCAAGCUGAGAUGAUCUUGCCCAGCACGGUGGUCAUCAAUGCAGCCAUUGCAUGUUGUGAAACAGCUGGAGAGUGGAGUCCAGCACUGGCACUGUUGGAGCUCAUGCUAUCAGAAGAACUGGAGCCCUCCGUCAUCACCUUAGGCUCCACGGUCGCCGCUUGCGGCCGUGGCCAGCAGCUGUCGAAGGCCUUCUCUACUUGGCAUUUCUUUGAGUCGCUGGCGCUGCGUCCCUCCACCGCGGCUUGGGCCUCCCUUUGCGUGGCCUGUGAGCGUGGCCAGGGAUGGCAAGAAGCACUCGAGGUGGUCGAGCAAGCAGGGCUCCGCAACGCCAUCAUGCUGAGCAGUGUGAUGAACGCAUGUGUGGGCGCGCAAGAAUGGCAGAGGGCUCUUGUGCUUUUGGACCAGGCUGUUCUUGGUGAGGUGGCGUUGGACUCGGUGGUUCACCUGGCUGAAAUCCAUGCCUGGGAGGCGGGAUCGCACUGGGCGACCGCCGUGGCCCUCCUGCACGGAGCCGGACGAAGUCCGCCCAACAUGAUUUGUCGAUCGGCGGCCAUGAGCGCCUGUGAGCGGGAGAGCCAGUGGCAGAGUGCGGUGGCCAUCCUGAAAUGCAUGAUGGACGAUGGUCUACAGCCUGACGUGGUAGCUUACAGCACAGCAACUUCAGCCUGCGAAAAGGCAUGGCAAUGGCAGAGGGCUUUGCUGUUGGUCUUUGACAUGGAGGAACGCUCCAUCCCGCUCAACACCUUCAGCUACAACGCGGCCAUCUCUGCAUGUGCUGCGGGCCGCGCGCUGGAGUUGGCCGUGGACCUGUUCAGCACCAUGUGCUCCAAGAGGGUGUCGCCCGAUGUGGUGAGCUACAGCGCCAUGAUCACCUGUUGUGAGAAGAGCCACGACUGGCGCUUAGCCGUUGACUUUCUGCAGUCGAUGUUCGCGCAAGACCUGCAACCCAACAUCGUUCCUCGCGGCGUUCCCGAGCGACUCCCCGGGGUGGGUCGGAUCCACCGGGUGAUCGAAGGAGCGAUGGACCGGGGGAGGUCCACCGUUGGAAGCCACCGUUGGAAGUACCCGUUGAAUGAAUUGGAAGGAUUUUGACCUUAGCUGUUGGAUGAGGAGCUGGGAACCCAGUGAUCCCAGGUGACAAGGGAUUCGAUGAUUUGCUCCCAAGUCUUGCCUGGAGCAACGCUGCGAAGCGGUUCAGGGCGCCUGUUUUGCUACGUAGUUAGGGCAUCAAAUGUUGGAGUUAGUUUUGUUAAUCUCCAUUUGACCCGUAGGAAUUCUUUGGGAAUUUCAGAAGUCGCACCCCUCGAAGUCGCACCCUUGAAGUCUCCAUUCAGUGGUCCAAGGAUGUAUGUCUGAGUCUAAGGUCUUUCUGUAGUCCUUUUUCGGUCCUCAGGUGUUUGCGCCCCCAGGUCACCUACGGCGCGGCCAUCAGCGCCUGCGAGAAGAGCAUCGCGUGGCCCGCCGCCCUGGCGCUGCUUGCGCAGGCGCAGCGGCAGCGGGUGCUGGCGAACGAAUUCAUUUACAGCGCGGCCAUCAGUGCCUGUGAGAAGAGCAACCGGUGGCAGCGGGCGGUGGGGCUCUUUGAGGAAGCACAGGGGGCUCACUGUGCGCACUCCUUGUGGGUCUACAACGCCUUGCAGAGCGCCUUGGAGAAGGGCCAGCAAUGGCAGAAGAGUUUGCACCUCCUCGCAGGUAUGACCUUUGACAGCCUCACGCCGGAUGCAGUCUCUUACAACGCCGCGCUGGCAGCUUGCCGCAGGGCUUUCCAGUGGCAGAGGGCCUUGGAGCUGGUGCGGUCGGCGCAAGAGGUCAACACAGUUGAUGCCCUGGCCUUAGACUCUGCGUUGGUCGCUUGUGCUGCGGCCAAUGCUGUGGAAGCGCUGCCUGCCUUGGGGGAGCGGCUGGCGCGUGCAGGGCUUCCAAGGCGCAUGGCAAGAAAAGGCGUGCAAUGUGUGGAGCUUUGAUGGGACUUGUGGUCCAACUUCAGAUUGGGAAGGUGGGAUUUGAUAAUGCUUAACAAGAAGCUACUAGGGGCUCCUGGCCUUACUAGGAGCGAUCGGACGCUACUAGGGUCCCCUGGCAUGGCCACUAGGAGCAAGAGGACGCUACUAGUAACCAAGGGUUGGACCGCUUCCUGUUGGCCAAGGCGGGGGUUCCCACACUGGCCGCCCCGUGGGACGGGAGGGCCGAUGGCACCGUCCGAGGUGCCCCAACUUCAGUCCUUGGU